AUGAGCUGGGGAACCUGUUUGGAGCUUCUGCUCCUCCUGGCUCUGGGACUAGGCCUGGGGCACAGCCCUGGAGCCUGGGGCUUGCAGCUCAGACAUGAAUGUGGCUCCUACAGCAUGCAGCUGCUGGUCUUCCCGAGACCUGGUCGAAAGAUCCGCUUCAAGGUGGUAGAUGAGUUUGGGACCCACUUUGAAGCGACCAACUGCUCCAUCUGUCUCCACUGGAUCACCUCUGAGCCCCAGGGCCCCACCACCUUCUCUGCAGGCUACCAUGGAUGUCACAUGAUGAAGAAGGAUGCCCAAUACCACUUACGUGUAUUUGUAGAAGAGAUUUUGGGCACCCAGCUUGAUGGUGCUCAAGACGUGACCUUGAUCUGCCCCAAACCUGAGCCUCCCAAGAGCCCAGGCACUCCUCUUCCUGUCUUCCAACCCUCUCCUUCCCCUGCCCGGCUCCGUCCUCACCUUCGCCCUUUGCACCUGGACUUGAGACAUUUGUCUCUCCCACCUGUUGCUGAUCGCCAUCAACCUGCCCAUAUCCACCCCACCUGGUCUUCUCCCUCCUCCGGCCCUGUCACUUUAGUACAUCGGAGCUCACCAUAUCACACAGGCAACCCCUUGAGCCGGAAGCAAUGCCAGGUCAUCUCUGGCCGAGUCCCCUGUGCAGAAGCCACCGUCCAGUGUUUCGAAGAUGGCAGCUUCGUCCUGGUGGUCUCCCAGAAUACCACCUCUGAAAAACAGGUCAGUCUCGAGAGCAUCAAGCUAGCCUAUGCCUCAGGUGGCUGCCCCCCAACCCAGAGAACAGAAAACUUUGUGGUCUUCCAUUUUCCAGUCACCCAGUGUGGUACCACCAUCCAGCUGGUCAAUAACCAACUCAUCUAUGAGAACCAACUGGUAUCAGACAUUGACAUCCAGACGGGGCCAGAAGGUACCAUCACUCGGGACAGCACCUUCCUUCUCCACGCGCGCUGCAUCUACAAUGCCAGCAACUUCUUGCCUGUCCAGAUAAAGGUCUUCCUGCCACCACUGCCUGCUCCUGUGCUCAGGUCUGGCCCGUUGCAUCUUGAGCUUCGAAUCGCCAAGGAUCAGAAAUAUAGCUCCUACUACCAUGUGGAGGACUUCCCCAUCUUCAAGAUGCUCCGGGAACCCAUCUAUGUAGAGGUGCGACUCCUCAGAAGGACAGAUCCCAACCUGGUGCUGGUUCUGCAUCACUGCUGGGCUACCCCAAGCACCAAUCCCUUCAAGGAACCCCAGUGGCCUCUUCUGUUUGAUGGAUGCCCAUUUGCUGGUGAUGGUUACAAGACCCAGUUGGCACCCAAGAAGGGAACAUUGGAGCACCUUUUCCCAACUCACUAUCAGCGUUUCGUUGUCUCCACCUUUACCUUUGUGGACUCAGUCUCCCAGGGGGCUCUCAGUGGACCGAUUUACUUCUUCUGUAGCACUUCAGCCUGUUAUCCAUCUGAGACAGAAACUUGCAGGGCUGCUUGUCACCCAGGGGCUACAAGGAGGCGACGCUUCAUAGAUCACCACAAAUACAUGCAGGGAGUCCAGGACAUUGUGGGCUCUCCAGGACCUGUGGAAUUUGGAGAUUCUAAAGAACAGAAGAUUAAUUUACAGAAUAAAGGUCCUGACUCCAAGGAAGGAUCUGUCAUCUUGUGGCCCAACAUCUCAGAGCCCCUUCUUCCGGAAAGAUUCUCCUGGAACAUGACCCUGAAACCUUUGCUGUGGGUGACCCUCUCUCUGGUGGUCAUCACCAUCUUGCUGGUGGUAGCAGCUCUCCUUGGAAGGAGCCGGAAGCUUCAAGAGCAGAGCAGGGAAUGUGAACAAGGUCAAUAAACCAGAAAGUUGA